GGGCCUUUUGAUAUCGUCUUAAGUCUUCUGCGUGUCGAAUCGACGAGCCGGAUAACUCCAAAGCAGUCGAGGCGCCAUGGCGGUCGACGUCUUCGUUUCCCUGCCUUUCCCUUCCCAGCUUCCCAUUUCCCUACAUAGUUUUUUCAAGGAGCUGCCAUGGAGGACUACGACGUGUCCUCUCCAUUAUUCUGCUCCAUCCAUCCCCCGCAGUGCUCUGGUUUGUAGCAGCAGCAGCAGCAGCUAGAAGCGAUGGGGAAUUGCCAGGCUUCCGACGCGGUCGCAACGCUGAUAGAGUAUCCCAACGGGCGGAUGGAGCGCUUGUACUGGACAAUCUCUGCUCGUCAGGUGAUGCUACAAAAUCCCGGCUACUAUGUCGCAGUCUAUGUGUGGCCAAAGCCUUCAUCGUCUCCAAAACGGAAGCCCAAAAUGAAAAUCCUGCCCCCCUCGGCUAUACUUGCCACUGGCAACUGCUACCGGCUCAUCAGCUUUGAAGAAGUACUAAACAACUUCUCCAGUAGGAAAACUGGCACCAGUCGAGUAAGUGGCAUGGUCGAUGCAGCAUUUCUAACAGCACCGGAUUCCUCCAAGUCAGGCACGGGGUCUCAGUUCCAAACUUUUCCAGAUGCCCGUGAGCUAGGAAUGGGCAUGUCGAUUGCGAAGCCAUGGAGGCCCUCACUAAAGAGUAUUGCCGAGACUAUGUGAAGGUGAACGUGUCCGUUGAAAUCUUGUACAUAAUAUCUGCAGCAUAGACUUGGUUGACAAGAAAAUUCAAAAUAACAAUGGUACUUUACCGUC